AUGGCUUGCUGGGACUUUGGAACAAGCCAACUUCUCAGCAAGAUUGAGGAUGAACAGUCACUUAGUGCUCAGCUUCAGAAGAAGAUCCAAGAGAUUCAGGCCCGCAUUGAGGAACUGGAGGAAGAGAUUGAGGCUGAGCGUCAAAUUGAGAUGAACAAGAAGCGUGAGGCUGAGUUCCAGAAGCUGCGUCGUGACCUUGAAGAGUCCACUCUGCAGCAUGAAGCCACUGCUGCAGCUCUCCGUAAGAAGCAGGCUGACAGCGUGGCCGAGCUGGGAGAGCAGAUCGACAACCUCCAGCGUGUCAAGCAGAAGCUUGAGAAGGAGAAGAGUGAAUACAAGAUGGAGAUUGAUGAGCUCUCCAGCAACAUGGAGGGAGUUGCUAAAGCUAAGGGAAAUCUGGAGAAGAUGUGCCGGAUCCUCGAGGACCAGCUCAGUGAGGUGAAGGGCAAGAGUGAGGAGGGUGCUCGCCAGAUCAAUGACCUCAGUGUUCAGAGAGCAAGACUACAGACUGAAAACGAUGAGCUUGGCCGUCAGCUGGACGAGAAAGAUGCAUUUAUGUUUCAGCUGACCAGAAACAAACAGGCUUUCACUCAGCAAAUUGAGGAGCUGAAGAGGCUCAACGAAGAGGAGGUCAAGGCCAAGAACACCGUGGCCCAUACUGUUCCGUCUGCACGCCAUGACUGCGACCUUCUGAGGGAGCAAUUUGAGGAAGAGCAUGAGGCAAAGGCUGAGCUGCAGCAUGGUAUGUCCAAGGCCAAUGGCGAGGUUGCCAUCCAGCGCACUGAAGAGCUUGAAGAUGCCAACUUGCCCAGCGUCUACAGGAAGCUGAGGAACAAAUUGAGGCUAUCAACUCCAAGUGUGCUUCUCUGGAUAAAACCAAGCAGAGACUCCAGGCUGAGGUUGAAGACCUCAUGGUUGAUGUGGAGAGCCAAUGGUCUGGCUGCCAACCUUGACAAGAAGCAGAGGAACUUUGACAAGGCGACAUGGAAAGCUGCUACCGACAAAGAAAAGACUGUGUGGACCAAGUAA